GAAAGAGGACAAUUAAAAUGAAAUUUGAAUCAAAAAAGAAACAAACCUGCUAAAUAAAUGUAAAUUGUAGUUUGCAGCCACAUUCAACAAGAAAAACUAGGUUUGUAGAAGAACGAACCUGUCUCAAGCUUUACUGACACUAACUUGGGUUUGUUUGACACAAACGUCUCUCAAUGGACACAUAUUACAUAAAACAAUAUUACAAACAAUAAUACUUUUCAAAGCUUGCCAUUUAUGUCUGGCUAACACGCGGUGUAAGUUAUUUGAAAAGCAUGUUCAACAGCUCGUGGUAUUGCUGUAGCUAGUUAUUUCAACUUGACAUGACAACAUACGCAAGCACAGCUUAAGUUAUCAUAUUUAUAGCGUUUGAAGAGCGUUUAUACGCAACACAAUUAAAACAACAUAUCACACUAACAAACGGAAACAAUGGCCUUGUGUUUUGGGCAAAAUUACAGUUAUCCACACGGGAGGGAGCACAGCUCCUAUAGCAGCCACUGGCUGAGCUUUGGCGACUAAAUCCACCGAGAUGUCGCACCGUGUGUCCCUGUAGGCUACUGUGUCAGUGUGAGGCGUGACACUUCAGUAUGAGUAAUCCCACGCUCCUUCCAUUCAAUACAUACACAGCGAGGAGACAAAUGUGACAACUUAUUGCAGUCUGACUGAAAACAAUGUGGAAAAAUAUAUGGAAGAAGGUGUUCAUGGUCCUGAUGGUGGGGAACCUGUUUAUGCCCACUGACACAAAGUACAACAAUAGAGAAGGAAAGUCUCGGAGACGGAAACUGGAGUCUCAUCCUCGCCGGAAUGCCUCGUCUAUCAGAAUCUCCCCAGAUCCGAUGAUGACAGGUCCAGAAUCAGGAGUGAUGCCUGGUGCUGUUGAAAUUGACUUUGACAAGAGUAUCGAGGACAUGGUGUCUCAGGUCCGAAACAAUCCCAACUUAUCCAUAAGCAAAUGUGUGGUGGAUCGCAAACUUUGGAUGUCAAACAGUCGCAGCCUUUCUCCCUGGUCCUACAGAAUCAACCACGAUGAGACCCGUAAACCCGUGGACAUCCCGGAGGCCGUGUGUUCGUGUGUGGGCUGCAUCAAUCCUUUCACCAUGCAGGAGGAUCGCACCAUGACCAGCGCCCUCAUCUACGCCAAGAUCCCCGUGCGCAGGCUGCUGUGCCAUCGGCCAACCAGGAAACCGACGAAGCAGAAGAAAUGCGUUCCCCGUUACAGAUCGCUGGUGGAGAGCAUCGCCGUGGGGUGCACGUGCAUCGUGGGGUAGCUGCGUGGGACCAACACAUUUCAGCCUCUUUUACUGCAAAUAAAUCCGGAUCCUAAUUGUGAAUAUUAUAAUUUUCUGUAGGGUGAGCUCAAUAAAACGCAACCGUGGCUGUGCAGGCGCCUUUUCUAUUUUGAAAAGAUGAUUAUAUUUUGAACAUUUAAUGUCGUCAAGUAUUAAUAACAUGCAUUGUGCAACACAAAUUAAAAGAAAAAAAGAUAUGUAUAAUAGCAGGCUAUAGUUAUAAGCCUAUAAUGGGGUUACAGCUGUGCCUUUAAAACGUAUCAAAGUUGACAGUUCGGGCAGAUCAUUUUUAGUUGCUAUAGACUACGUUAUGGAAUUGUAAAGUAUUUUUAAUAAUGAAAGAGAAUUUAAUGCUGAUAUGUCUACAAAUAGCCAAUUUUCAAUAAUAUCAUGUGGUUUGGUACAAAUUCGUGGUACUAUCUGGGUUGUCUGUUUAAGAUCGCCCUCUACUGACCAAAAUAUAAGAUACAGUGAUAGAAAGAGGACGCAUGAUGUCAUGUUUUUUCUGUUUGUUUGUUUUUUUAAUGGUUUCUUUCAUUUUAAUGUGGGGAUGGUAACUGGGUUAACACAUAACCCGAGGACUCAGCUUUAAAGUAUUUUUAAUAAAUAUUAUAUUUACUAUUUUUCUC